AAAACUAUUACAAGACAGUAUUAAAUUGCAUCCCGACCUGUUCUUCCUUUCUCCAUUUUUCGUCUCUCUAUCAGCCUUUCCGCUCAGGUUGUGUGCUCUCAUUCUUUUGCCUAUAAAAGUCUCCUUAUCCCCUUCUUCACUCAGCGGGUAGGGUUUGAUUGUCGUUCUUUUCCUUUGCUUCACGGAACUAGGAACCGAGGUGUAUCCCUUUUCCCCCUUGCUGUAGAUUACCCUCUCCGUCAUUCUCUGUUUUUGAUGGGAUUUAAUGAGUUGGGAAGCGGAAAGGAGCGCCGAUGGCGGAUUCAGAGUUUGAUUAGGAGGAAGCAGGUGGAUUCCGAUCGGGCGAAAACCGAGGGGGGAGGGAGCCAGCUUGCCAGGGAACUUUCUGUUCUUCAACUUGUUGCAAUAGGUGUUGGCUCCACAAUAGGUGCUGGAGUCUAUGUUCUCGUUGGUACAGUUGCUAGAGAACACUCUGGUCCAUCUUUGACAAUUUCCUUUCUGAUCGCUGGAAUAGCUGCCGCACUUUCAGCAUUUUGUUAUGCAGAGCUUGCAAGUCGCUGCCCUUCUGCAGGCAGCGCCUAUCAUUAUUCCUACAUAUGCGUUGGGGAAGGAGUUGCUUGGCUGAUUGGCUGGGCUUUAAUCCUUGAAUAUACAAUUGGUGGUUCUGCUGUUGCUCGUGGGAUAUCUCCAAAUUUGGCCUUGUUUUUUGGAGGACCAGAUAGCUUGCCUGCUUUCCUAGCACGGGUUCACAUACCAGGGCUUGAUGUUGUUGUUGAUCCAUGUGCUGCUCUUCUUGUUCUAAUCAUAACUGGCCUUCUUUGCUUAGGAAUAAAAGAGAGUUCAACGGUACAGGCUUUUGUCACAUCAUUAAAUGUCUGUGUUAUGUUAUUUGUCAUCAUUGCUGGUGGAUAUAUUGGUUUCCAAUCCGGCUGGGUAGGAUAUACUGUUGCGAGCGGCUUCUUUCCACAUGGUGUAAAUGGCAUGCUUGCUGGAUCAGCGACAGUUUUCUUUGCUUACAUAGGUUUUGAUUCAGUUGCAAGCACUGCAGAGGAGGUCAAAAGUCCACAGCACGACUUACCAUUAGGAAUCGCUUUGGCUCUAUCUAUAUGCUGUUUAUUGUAUAUGAUGGUGUCCGUAGUUGUGGUUGGCCUGGUGCCAUAUUUUGCAAUUAACCCAGACACACCUAUUUCGUCCGCAUUUGCUGAACACGGGAUGCAUUGGGCAAUGUAUGUUGUCUCUGCUGGCGCUGUCCUUGCUCUUUGCUCAACUUUAUUGGGUUCCAUUCUUCCUCAGCCAAGAAUACUUAUGGCAAUGGCAAGAGAUGGGUUGUUGCCUUCUUUCUUUUCUGACGUCAACAAGCGCACUCAAGUUCCAGUCAAGGGUACGGUUGUUACUGGGGUCAGCGCAGCUGUCUUAGCUUUCUUCAUGGAUGUUUCCCAGUUGUCUGGAAUGGUUAGUGUUGGAACACUCCUAGCAUUCACCAUGGUCGCAAUUUCAAUCUUGAUACUUCGAUAUGUUCCACCUGAUGAGAUACCUCUUCCAUCAUCCCUCCAUGAAUCAUAUGACUCAUUAUCUUUUCAUUAUAAUAGUGAAGAGAAAGAUCCGGAGUUUUCGAAAGAUUUUGUUGGAGUUGAUAAUAAUGAGAAGCGAAGCUCUGGUGAUGAAAGUUCUAUAUAUUAUCCUCUUAUCAGGAAGGACAGUAAUCUAUACAAAAUUAAUGAACUUAAAAGGCGCAAGCAUGCUUCUUGGAGUAUAGCAUCAGUGUGCAUAGGAGUUUUUAUUCUCGCUACAUCAGUAUCAACAACUAGCUUUCCUCAAUAUCUGGUCUAUUCAGCAUGUAUUUUUGGGGCUUUACUCUUUCUAGCCGGCCUACUUGUGAUUUCCUGGAUCGAGCAAGAUGAUGGCCGACAUAGCUUUGGGCACACAGGAGGUUUCAUUUGCCCAUUUGUUCCUUUUCUGCCAGUCUGUUGCAUCCUUAUAAACUCUUACUUGCUUGUAAAUCUUGGUGUCGACACCUGGUUACGAGUGUCUGUAUGGUUGCUGAUUGGGGUAUUUGUUUAUGUAUUCUACGGACAAUCAAACAGCACAUUAACCGAUAUGGUUUAUGUGCCUGUUGCUCAUGCCAAUGAGAUCUAUAAAAAGAGGUCUGGUCUUGCAUAAAAUGGACUGUAGGUAUGUCAUCAGCCAAAUUAUUACUGCUUUAGCCUCUUCUCUUCAUAUAUUAAACGCCAAAUUCAUGCAGGCAAAUGCUUCCCCCUAAAAUCCUCACCCUGAAUUACUGUAAAUACCAAUGUAGGAUUGCUUUAUAUUACAUAUUAUGUCUAUUGACAUGUUGCGCAUUGAAAUAAGUGCCGCUUUCUGUAAGUUUGCUUCUUUUGCAGCCCUCAAUAAAUAGUUGAUAUGCUGCUUUUGUGAAGUUGCUGAUGUGCAACUCCCAUAUGUAAUUGAUAUUAAUGGGCUGAUGCUUUUUAGUAAGAUAAUAAAGUUUGUAUUUUUUGUUUAAUAAAAUUCUUGCUUUGGGUUU